AUGGCAACCCACCUGAAGCCCAAUGGCGGCGCUGAGUUCGAGAAGAGACACCACGGCAAGACUCAAUCCCACGUUGCCUUCGAGAACACCUCGACCUCGGUCGCUGCCUCGCAGAUGCGCAAUGCCCUGAACACCCUGUGUGACUCGGUCACCGACCCCGCUGAGAAGCAGCGUUUCGAGACUGAGAUGGACAACUUCUUCGCUCUCUUCCGCAGAUACCUCAACGACAAGGCCAAGGGCAACGAGAUCGAGUGGUCCCGCAUUGCUCCUCCCAAGCCCGAGCAGGUCGUUGCCUACCAGGACCUGCCCGAGCAGGAGUCGGUUGAGUUCUUGAACAAGCUCGCCGUCCUCAAGCUCAACGGUGGUCUUGGUACCUCCAUGGGCUGUGUUGGUCCCAAGUCGGUCAUCGAGGUCCGUGAUGGCAUGUCUUUCCUCGAUCUUUCCGUCAGACAGAUUGAGUACCUCAACCGCACCUACGGCGUCAACGUUCCCUUCGUCUUGAUGAACUCGUUCAACACCGACGCAGACACCGCCAACAUCAUCAAGAAGUACGAGGGCCACAACAUCGACAUCAUGACCUUCAACCAGUCAAGAUACCCCCGUAUCCUCAAGGACUCGCUCCUCCCCGCCCCCAAGUCGGCCAACUCUCAAAUCUCUGACUGGUACCCUCCCGGUCACGGUGACGUUUUCGAGUCGCUCUACAACUCCGGCAUCCUCGACAAGCUGCUUGAACGCGGUGUCGAGAUUGUCUUCCUUUCCAACGCCGACAACCUUGGCGCUGUCGUCGAUCUCAAGAUUCUCCAGCACAUGGUUGACACCAAGGCUGAGUACAUCAUGGAAUUGACCGACAAGACCAAGGCCGAUGUCAAGGGUGGUACCAUCAUUGACUACGAGGGCCAGGCCCGUCUUCUCGAGAUUGCUCAGGUUCCCAAGGAGCACGUCAACGAGUUCAAGUCGAUCAAGAAAUUCAAGUACUUCAACACCAACAACAUCUGGAUGAACCUCCGCGCCGUCAAGCGCAUCGUCGAGAACAACGAGCUCGCCAUGGAGAUCAUCCCCAACGGCAAGUCGAUCCCCGCCGACAAGAAGGGCGAGGCCGAUGUCAGCAUCGUCCAGCUCGAGACCGCCGUCGGUGCCGCCAUCCGCCACUUCAACAACGCACACGGUGUCAACGUCCCCCGCCGUCGUUUCCUUCCCGUCAAGACCUGCUCCGACUUGAUGCUGGUCAAGUCCGACCUUUACACCCUCAAGCACGGUCAGCUCAUCAUGGACCCCAACCGCUUCGGUCCCGCUCCUCUCAUCAAGCUCGGCGGUGACUUCAAGAAGGUCUCGAGCUUCCAGAGCCGCAUCCCCAGCAUUCCCAAGAUCCUUGAGCUCGACCACUUGACCAUCACCGGUCCCGUCAACCUCGGCCGUGGCGUCACCUUCAAGGGUACCGUCAUCAUUGUUGCCAGCGAGGGUCAGACCAUCGACAUCCCUCCGGGUUCCAUCCUUGAGAACGUCGUUGUCCAGGGUAGCUUGAGACUUCUCGAGCACUAG